GGUUGUUUUCGUCCAGGAGGUUGGUUGUUAUUUUGCCGGUUUGUUGUGCUGUGCGUUGCAUCAUCGAAGAGAGGGUAAAAGUUUGAAUAGAGAGAGCGAGAGUGUAGUGCGUGCACGACCAGACUUCUGUGGGGUGUGGGACUUUUUGCUGCUGCCGCCACCGUCGUCAUCUCGCGAAUGCGACUCCGAACGGAUGAGUGUCAGUGUGAGUGAGAGGCAGUAAGAGAGUUUAUGUUGGCAGUCGGUCGACUGACUAGUGACCCGUUGGGACCGGUUCUUUCCUGCUGGAAGUCUAACUUUGGUUCUCGACCAGGAUUGUAGCGGUACACAAUCACAUUAGGGACCGUUCUCUGCUUUUCGGCUGUGGUGUGAUUUGGUGCCGGAAGGUGUACUUUUUCGGAUUGUGUGAGUGGGCGUUAGGAGUUAUUGUGACGGGGCAUCCCUGAGAGGGGCUCGAAUUUCGCGGAAGCAGGACUCUUCCUGUAUCGUGUUUACUUGCAUGCAGUGGAUUCAGGAGGGAGAAUCCUGGCUAUUAGUGCAAUUGUGAAGCAAAGCCAAAGAAGCACAAAAGUUGUAGGAAGUUCUCCCUAAAGGGAGUAGCGGAUUCGUGGGUCGAAUUAAAGCCGCAAGGUGCUAUCGGCGACUGGGAAAAGAAGAAGAGUAAAUUCUUUACGUGCUGUGUCUUAAAGAGAAAUAUCAAAAGAGCGGAAGAGAAACAUACACGAAGCAAGGUGAAUGGUGUAUCAGCGUGCGGCAAAGUUUAAUUAAAAUUUCUUGAAUUUUUCAGCUCGAACAGCAAUCGACGUACUUUCAAGUAGUGGAAUCGCUGAUUUAGCGUUCAAUAAAUUGAAGAAGAACACCGUGUGCUAAAAUAAAUAUUACACCAUUGCCUCAUUUGAGUGGAAAAGUUGUGCCACAAUCGCUGCCCAAAAGUGUACUCAGUGUUCGGCGAGCAACCAAAAGCGCUGAAUGUUUAUAUUUUGCGAAGUUUAAUCGUCGCACCGGAAAGUCGAUAUCCAUCACUCAGCACUUUGUGCGAAGUGCAGCUGGUUCAAAUCCAAUGGAUUAAUUUUCAAUGCCCAUCUCGAUUUCAACUGGACUGCCGUGUGCGCGCGACCCUCGGAAAGGUUGAUUUUCCACAUUUCAUCUGCCUGACCAGGCAAUUCAGUCAGCAAGCGGAGCCUAUCGCACCGACAUCCAGACUACUGGCUUUAAAAGCAUCGUUUAUUGGCAAUAAUAGCAGCAGAGUGGCAAGGGCAGCAAGAGCUACAUACAUCGGGAAACAAACCACGGCCGCCAGUACCACCAUCAUCGAUAUAUAAAAGAUAACAGCGCCCAAGGUUCCCCGUACUUUUCAACCAGCUGCUGCCGAGAAUCAUCUGAGUCGCCGUUUGUAGCAACUCGAACACACGGAGAUGCAGCAUCGCUGACCAAGACAACGAACCAUACCGAGCAACAGGAGACCAAAGUGCACACCGUACCACAUAUCCAGUGUGAUAGAUUUUUUUGUUCUAUUGGGUAGUAAACAAGCCAAAGUGUGCAGACAUCUCCGGGGAAGAGUGAUGUCACGAUUGCCAGUGUAGUGUGGCUGUUGGGAGCGCGUGCGGGAAUAAAAAAGUUUACAACGAAAUUCGGUCAAACAUGACCGUCAGAACAGUGGGAAUUUGUUUUGGAGUGAAUUAAUCAAUAGUUUAGUAUUGAGAUAGAAGUGAAAACGACGAAUUUUACGUGUGCAUGGUGAAGUGCAUUUAGUCAUAGCCAGGAAGUCUACGGUGAGGUGUUAGAAGUUAGAAAAAAUCAACGCAGAAGAAAGAGGAGUUUUGGAGAUCAUUUGUUCUCGCCGAUAAGCAAUCGCCCUCUCAUCUCACAUCAACCACCACAAUGAAUUUACGACAUCAGGAAACGUUUUGUAUCAUACUUUUGCUAAGUACCAUCAGUAUUACCUUCGGGCAGGACUUCCAGUUUGCCAAUGAAAAAGAGGAGGAUGAAGUUCAGCCAAUGCCAGCGACCGAAUCAUUGGACGUAGUUAGUAAAACACAACCCAUCAAAUCAAUUUAUUCUAAGGAAAAAGCACAAUGCCCACCAUCUCAAAGCAGAAUCAUGCUGUCGUUGGUGCUCCGAUCCCACAGCUGGGACGAGGUCGUCGAGAAGAAACGCCAGAAAGCCAUCAACAAACUGUCCAAGUUCUUCCUGAUACCGAAGGAAAACUUCGAAAUCGAUGACGUCCAUCGAUCAGAUUUGCACGAGAUGACCUCCAAGGCAGUUCAUCGAGGUCGAAAUCACCUUAACAACAAAAAGCACAAGUUGGGGCGAGUUGGAUUCCUGAUCGGCUGCGGAAAAACUAUUUUCCCAAGCGAGAAACUGAUCGCCAACACAAUCGCCCAGCAGAUGAAGGAACGAGCGCUGGAUGACAUUUCGGGGCUGGAGUUUGGCUGGUGGUCUAUUUGGAACCGGCAUCCAACGACGGAGCAGCACCACCAGCGGCGAGUGAAGCGACAGAACGAUCCGGAAAGCUACGAUGACUAUGAAGACGAUUAUAACUACGACGACGAAGACGAGUCAGAGCCUACCGAGGUCCCUCAACAUGCCCAUCGUCACCACCACGGAGACAGCUCGUCGUCACAUGCAACUGCUACUAACACUGGAAAACACAAGCAUAGCGAUACCGCCGACAAAACUAGGACUGCGGGUGGAGGAGGACUCAGACAUCACGUCGUGGUACCAAACGAAGAUAAUCAUAUUGUGCCUGCCAGUGUACUGGACCGCAAACUCCACUCGAACAAAAAAGUGGACUCUCAGACUGAAUCCAACGACCAAUUGGAUUUCACUCAGGCCGACAUCCGGGAAAGUGUUUCCCAGCUAGAAUCGACAAUCACAAAAACGAUAGAAAACAACGAGCAGCUGAAAAUAGAGGAAGAAAGCUUGUUGGCCAAAAAGUCCUCUAAGCAUAAAGCAAUUGACAUCCAGCAAUUUAUAGAAACAGAACGACUGCUGCCGGACGUUCAGAAAUUCAAGGACCAAGAUGUCUUCAAGGAUGAUUAUGUGGCAGAAGAUGCGGUGACUCCUGGAGAACACUUGAAAAAAAGUUUCACAACUCACAUGCCUUCCACCACCCAAGAGCUUCCAGCGACGAAGAGAAAAUCUUCAUCGACAACGAAGGAACCAAUCACUCACCAUGCCAAAAGUAGAAGCUCGUUAGCAAACUCUAGAAUUGUGUUACCCUUAACUACUGCUACCACUGAAAGCACCAGUAUUUACCCGACGAAGACAACCUCGACCACAACGGCAUCGUCGAAAAAAUCUAAAACGACGUCCACCACAUCGGUCACGACAUCGGAAACGAACACCGUUAGUGAUCCGGCUAACGACAAUAAUUUAUCUAAUCAAGACAGCACCGAAGAAUCGUUAUCGAGCACCGCCACACCAAUCACGACUACGGCAACAGUAGUAUCCAUGACCCAACCGAUGACGACUAAGACCAUGACGCCGACAACCACGACGACGACGACCAUAAAGAUGACAAAAGCCAGUACUUCAUCAACAGCCCCGACGACCACCACUACCCGCAGUCCUUCCACUACCGUCCCUGCUACGACACCGCUAACCCCGGCAGUAACAUCCCCAACCAUCAGCCCGUCGGAAGAUUCAGAAACCGAGGCCAUCUCCACUGCCGCAACUAACAUUCGCUCCACUAACAACAACAACAACAACAAGCUUAACUAUGUCGCACCACCAGUUGAAACAGACGAUGGCGGUGGCCACGCUGCAAGUAAGCCUGCUUCCGCCGACGCCGUUGAGCAGGAUCAGGGAGCAGCGAAGACGGCCGACAAAGAAGAGGAUCUACCAUCCGUCGUACUGUCAUCGAUGGCGACCCCGCCGAUUACGGCAACAUCAACGAUCUCGAUUACCUCUCCGGGCUCGCUUCCAACCGAUUCCCACACGGUUUCCGGUCUGGUCCCGAACGUGGCAACCACCACUUCGACGAACCAUCGCGAUCUAUCCUUCGGACUGGACGAAGAAGCCGGGGAGGAGGGCGCAGGCGAAGAAGACGAAAAUGAAUACGAAGACACGGUCAUAAUCACCGAGUUUCCCAAUUCGGUAGCCCCGGCAGCGCCGGCUGCUUCCACCAGCACAAUUGCUCCAACGACACCAACCGUACCAUCGACCAUUAGAACCACAACGGAAACGGAAGAAGAAGCUACCAGCACGGUCAGUGCAGUUGCCUCUACGACCCCCAUGGUCGAAUCGUUCCCACAGUCUCUACCAACCACUACUACUCUGGCAGAAUCCACAACAACAGCGACACCACCGCCUACAACAACACCGCUUGAACUCGUAACAGCGCCAAGCGUGGUGUUUGUUGAAACUACUACAACCGACACUAGCGCCACCGCUAUGACUACCUCUUCUUCUGCUACUACUACUACUACUAGUCUUGAACCAAAGGCUACCACUCAACCAACCGUAAGUAUUAGCGCAAAGAAUGCCCCACCAAAGCAGGAACCCAAGGAAGACUACGAGAACUACGACGAAGAGUAUGACGAUGAGAUUGAGGAGGAACCGACGACAGUUGCAGUCCCUACCGGACGGCAAAACGUGCUGCCGGCUGUGAUAAGCACUGAGUCUACAACAACCGAACAGCCAACAACAACUCCAACAACCACAACCGUCGCGGCUACCACACCGACAACUACAUCGAGCACAACGACAACUACAACAACCACCACCACUACCACAACAACAACGACAACAACGCCAGCUCCAACGACCACUUCAACCACCGUUGCCACAACCGAACUGGACGAGCCAACCAAUAUGAACCCCAUAAUCAAGAAUCGCAUCCAGAAGCAGGCCAUCAUUGCCGGAAAGGUGUUCAGCCUUACGGUCCCACUGGAUACCUUCCAGGAUACCGAGGAUGGCACCAAUCUACGGUUGGAGCUCUUCGACGGCCACGGCAUUCCACUCAAGAACAACUCGUGGAUACAAUUCAACGCGGAAACUCGCGAAAUCUAUGGGCUUCCGUUGGAGAAAGAUGUUUCCAAAUGGCACUAUCUCUUGCAAGCUACCGACUCCGGCGAUAAGUCGGUUAACGAAACAGUAGACAUAUCCGUCCAGCAGCACAAAUCGCAUCGUAGUGUGAACCAUGAAAUCAGUUUGGCGCUAAAACUGCAGCGAAAGUUCCCCAGAACCGUCGACUGGCAGAUCGAGAUUAUCCGAGGUAUCACCAAAGUGUUGGGCGACGCUUCCGUUUCAAACGUAGUUGUCCGCGAAGUACGAAACAGUAUUACGGACCCGAACCUUGCCACGUUUGUGUACACCAACGAAACCCUACCGAAAGACCGGUGUCCGGAAGAGUUGCUCGAUCAGCUGGUCGCUCAGCUCACCGAAGAAGUCCUCAACGACGUCCUGAACCCCGAUAUCCUGGUCAAGUCAGUUCUUGGACAACAAAUUGGACAGUGCAUGAAGUCCGUGAUUCCGAAGGUGAAACCGACGCAGAGCAUCGCCACGAAGAACUAUGCUCCCACCACGAGGAAUCAGGUUGAUCGAGUUAACGCUACGGUCGGCCAUCUACUCGUUUACAAAGUUCCAGCCGAUACAUUCUACGAUCCGGAAGAUGGCAAUGAUCUGAAGCUGAAGCUGUUGACCACCGAACGGAACCCAUUAGAGCAGUACCACUGGUUGCAAUUUGAUUCGAAGAAUCAAGAGUUCUUCGGUAUUCCCCAAACUCAGGAUGUCGGUCAAAAAGAGUAUCUUCUGAUUGCUGAGGACCGCGAAGGAUUGACUGCCACCGAUGCGCUGGUUGUGGUAGUCCAUCAAGCUCAUUACAAACGUGACUACAGUGUCCUUUUCGAGCUUACCUUGGAUACCACACAGGAGCAAUUCAACACCGCACAAUCCCAACGAAGAUUCAUCGAACGGCUUGCCAUGGUAUUCGGCGAUACUCAUACCAACUUCAUCCAAAUCCGGAAGGUCCACCCAAUGCGUCACAUUGACCAAGUUCAGGUGACCUUCUUCAACACUACGCUGUACCGCCAGCAUCAGCGCUGCCCGGAUGAAGAAAUUGAAGCCCUUCGCAAUAUGUUGUUGUAUCAGGAUGGAACGGUACGCACCAAGGUCCGCGAUAUCCUUGGCCAGGAGUUCAAUCUUGUCAACAUGAGUAUGAUACCGAUGGGCACCUGCCAAGGUUUCGAUACUCCGAUCCACGUGACACACGAACCAGAGAAGGCCCUCCCGCCACCAAUCGCCAAGGAUGACUAUCUGCUCACCUUCGUGCUGCCGGCUGUGAUAAUCCUAGCGAUGCUACUGAUCGCAUCAAUCAUUGCCUGUAUCCUCUACAGGCGACGGCUCACCGGCAAGAUGGAACUGGGUACCGACGAGGAACGGAAGUCGUUCCGCUCCAAGGGCAUCCCGGUGAUAUUCCAGGACGAGCUGGACGAGAAGCCGGAAAUCGGCAACAAGUCGCCGGUAAUACUGAAGGACGAGAAACCACCGCUGCUGCCGCCGUCCUACAGCAGCACCAACAAUGAUGGUGAGAACGAAGACGUCGACGAGUACGUCCCACCGCCGGCCGUGGUCAUGGGUGGACGCGAAUCACGAGGCAAAUCGCCGGUGACCCCGUCCUACCGAAGGCCACCGCCGUACGUGUCCCCUUAGAAGCGAGCCAAUCGUAGUGCCACCAGCACCGCUAGCACUACCACGUCCCUUUCCAGCAACAAUAGUUUCUACAACAGCAACAACAAUAGUGGCCGGAAACAGACACCGAUACGUAGCUAGACAGGCGUAGCACUGCGAUGGAGCGAAGGGCGCCCCUCCUAGAGGAGCGCCAGCAGCACUCAAAUGAUGAUAUCCGGUUUGAUGAGUUAUUAUUCGUGUAGGAAGAAAACAGGAAGGGUCCCCAGAAUGUUUUUUUUUCGCGCACAGAGAAAAAGUCUUUCGAUUGGGGAUUCGAAUUUUAGCGAAGGGUUUGAAGCAGAAGUUUCAUAUUUUUGUAAAGAAGUGAAUCAAUUUAUAGUCAUCUAAUGGUAAUUAAGAUUUGAAAUUGAACUUUGCAUGGAGCAUACAAACGAAAAAUCAGCACACAAACCAAGCUUUAGCAGAUAAGUUUUGUUUUUAGGUCCUGAAACGAAUUGUGAAGUUCCAUUGUUUUUUUUUCCUCCAGCAGCUCGAUUACUCGAAAUAGGUUUUAAUACAUUUCAUUUUGUACUGAAGAUAAAUGUCUUUCCCAUC